AUGUCAUCCCAAUGUCAUUGCAAUGUCAACCCUUUAUCAGGAGUUGCUGGUGGCCAGAGCAAUGGGCCUUCCACCACCCGGUCAGCCGGCAAAGGUCGGCGGAGACGAGCAGCCGCGGAGAUGCGGCGCAUCGAGCAACAGCGAUGGGGCGAGGCCCUAGUAGCACCGGACGAUGACGCCAGCAGUGACGUCAGCCCAUCCCCCACGGAAGCCGCGAGGGCGUCGCUCAUGCAGCAGACGGCCUCCGCGCGCAGGCGGCAGCAGCGCCGCGUCUCCCGGCGGCAGUUGCGGGAGGGGCAGCGCGAAAUUGAGGAGUUCUUCGAGCGGGAGGGGGAGCAGGAUGGGGAGGAGGAAUGGCGGUGGGGGUACGGCGUCAGUAGCAGCAACAGCGGGAGAAGCGGUAGAGGCAGAAGCAGAGGGCAGCAGACGUCGUCGUCUGUGCCCUGGUCGCAUUUCGGGGGCUUCGCGGAUGGGGAUGAGUUAGAGAUGGCGCUAGCGCUGUCGCUGUCCCUAGUGGAUCACCCCAUUGCCGCCAGCGACAGCACCGGGUCUCUCUCGGACGCUGCUGCCGCUGCAGCGUCAGGGGACCUUUCCUACGAAAGCCUGACGGAGCUGGAGAGUGUGCAGUGCGGGCUGUCGGGAGAUCAGAUUGACCACCUGCCGACCCUUCAUGUGGGCACGCAGCAUUCGAGCGACUCCUUUUCGGACGAGCUGUGCAGCAUAUGCCAGGGAGAGUAUGUGGAGGGAGAUGCCUUGCUGGUACUGCCUUGUCAGCACCGAUUUCACCGACCAUGUGCAACCGAGUGGCUAUCGCAGUACUCUAAGCUCUGCCCUGUCUGCAAGGCUGAGGCUUGUCACACAGCAGGGUGUUCCGGAAGUGAGGAAGAAAAUUAG